CCGGAAGUGUUAGCCUGGCUAGCUGUAUGCUAGCUGUGUGGAUGUGUGCAGCUAGCUGGAAGACGAUGGUGUCGUCGUGUCGCAGAUAAAUGUUCGAGCGCUGAUGAAGCAACGAUGUCUUCAGUUCAGUGUCUGAGAGACUUUGUCCACGAGCGACUAACUGCUGCUGCUGAAGAGAUAUUCAGAGUGUUCGAACAAACUGUCCUCGAGUACGAGGAAGAGAUCGAUCGACAGAGAAGACUGUUGGACAUCGCGUGGAAACCGGAGAUAAAGCUCCACAGGACAGAGUUCCCCCGGAAACAUGUCUGGAAGAAGAGGAAGACUCUCACCGCCCAGCAGCUCAGUGCCCGGGACAGGAACUCAGGUCUGGACCAAGAGGAUCCUGCUGCUGCUGGAGAAAGACCUGGAGUCAGCGGAAGUAUUAUCCACUUCAAUGAAGAGGUCGAUCGACAGCGCAGACUGCUGGACAUCGUUUGGAGCCCGGAGACAGAGCUCCAGAGGACAGAGCUUCCAGAGCAACACGUCUGUAAGGAGGAGGAGCUUCUCACUGACCAGGAAAGGAACCCCAGUCUGGACCAAGAGGAUCCAGAGCCUCCACAGAUUAAAGAGGAGCAGGAGGAGGUCUGCACCAGUCAGGAGGGAGAGCAGCUUGUCCUGAAGCAGAUCCAGACCUUCAUGUUGAGGUCUCCUUAUGAGGGAAGUGAUCACAGUGAACCAGAACCAACCAGUGAGGAGCAGCUCCUCUCCCACAUCUCUCCUGGAGCUGAGAGCCAAGUUAAGAGAGGAGGUGAGCAUGUGGACCCAGGACCGACUGGAGAUGAAGAGUCCCAGAGGAACAACUCCCCCCCGACACAGAGUCCCUGCAGCCCUCACACAGGGAAGACGUCUUUCAUGUGUGACAUUUGUGGAAAAGUGUUUGUGACCAAAUCCAAACUGAACACACAUGUGAGAAUCCACACAGGAGAGAGGCCCUUCUCAUGUGACACUUGUGGGAAAGCUUUUCUCUGUAAGUCCAGGUUGACCUUACACCUGAGGGUCCACACGGGUGAGAGGCCGUAUUCUUGUGACUUCUGCGGGCAAACAUUCAGUCGGAAGGUUCACUUGCAAGAGCACAUCAGCCGUCACACGGGAGAGAGGCCGUUUUUCUGCAAACUAUGUGGGAAAAAUUACAAACAGAGGUCGGCCCUGAGAGUUCACAUGAGAGUCCACACGGGUGAGAGGCCGUUUUCAUGUGACAUAUGUCAGAAAACUUUCUUGGUCAAAACAAACUUGCUGGUCCACAUGAGACUCCACACGGGUGAGAAGCCGUGUAUCUGCAGCACGUGUGGGAGGAGUUUCAUUUAUCCAACAUCCUUAAGAAAGCACAUUAGGAUCCACACGGAGGAAAAGUUGUUAAUCCCCGAAGAUGUGGGAGAGAUUUCCCGUGUUGUGGUGAAUUGACUUAACGUGACCAGAGUCCUCACUGGUGAGAAACCACAUCACUGCAGCACCUGAUGGGAAAGAGAUCUAGACGUGUCUCGGUUAGGAGGUCACCUGGGAUCACAGACAGUACAGUCACAUGUGGUGUUGUGAACUUUGUGGGAGAGGUGCAGUUGUGUGUUUCAUGGACACGACGCACAAGAAGCCACAGAAGUGAGGAGCCACAUAAUCAAAGCUCUUUCCUGAAGUGGUUCUAAUCCACCCAGUUGAGAGAACAGCUGAGAAUCAGUUUCCACAGAAGAAACCAUCAAUAUGAAGCUUGUGGAGACGAGUUGAUCCUCGUGACCGUGCUCCUCACGUUUCUGUGUGCAGCAGUAUUUCUGUGAGCCUCCGAGUCUUCAGAGAGAGUCCCUCGUUCAUUCAAAUGUGUUUGGCCUCAUCAAUAAUUAUGACUUUUUAAUAUUUAUAUUCUCCACCUCAGUUAUAUGAGUGUGGUCAUCCUUAUAAUGCAUAUUAUAAUGCAAAAUAAUUAAUAAAAUAUAACUUAUAUGAAAACAUAAAAUAUUCCAUUGAUUGUCUUUAUACUGCAUCUGGUAUUCACAGAUAUUAAAUAACACGUGUGUGUUAAUAAAAACAUAACCAGAUGUUUUUGCUUAGAAUCAUUUCGUUAUGAAUGGAAUGUUAUUUUUUGCUUUAUAUUUCCCAAGAAAAAUAUUUUCUAGUUAUUCACCUUCAAAUUAAAAGUUAUUGCAGAGAAACAUUUUUACAAACAAACACAGCAUGAUGUUAUGAUUCUGUAUUCUGAGUAAUAUAAGUUGAAAUAUUGAUUUGAAUUUCUGACAUUUAUUAUCCUGCCUUCUCCGGCUCCGCCCUGCAAACCGCCAUGUCCUCAUGUCGCCAAUAAAUCUUCACUUAUCACCUGGAGGUAUGUUCUUUUGAAAUAGUUAAAGGAAAGUUUCCUGUUUGUACAGAAUCUGGGAAAAUAACAGGAAAUACGCUCAUAUAUUUGAUUGAAAUACAAAAAAGGAUUGAAAAACUGUUCAUAAUGAUUGUUGAUCACAUUGAUCAGGAGCUCAGAUCAAUGUGAGGAUUCUCA